UCUUGUGUUAAACUAAACGUCUGUUGUUGGUCGUCUCUACAGCAGCAUGUCAUUCUGUCUCCACGUGUCGUUCACUCUUCUCGGCUCUCCGUCUCGCGCGCCGCAGAGCUCCAUGCCGGCGUGUCUGCGCGCGCAUCGAGCGGAGCAAAAAAAAAAAAAAGUCCCCUGCACCUUCCGCCCCGCGUCACCGACACGUCGCCCUCUGCUUCUCUGUGAAUAUCGAGGAGCAGACGGGAGGAAGGAGGCGGACUGCCGCGGCUUGACACUCAGAGGAGUGCAACAACUUCAACGACACCGGAAGUUUUCCACUUAUGACAAAAUGUACAGUCAUGAAGUACGCGAACAAAGCUUUGCAGACUGGCCAUUUAGAGAAGAUUGUAACUGCACACCUGAGAAGAUGGCCACGGCUGGGUUUGUCCACUGCCCGAGUGAGAAUGAGCCUGAUGUUGCUUGCUGUUUCUUCUGUUUGCUUGAGCUUGAGGGAUGGGAGCCAGAUGACGAUCCUUGGACUGAACAUUCAAAACGUAGCCCCAACUGUGGAUUCUUAACCUUGAAGAAAGACGUCAUCGAGCUGACUGUGGCUGACUACUAUCAAAUGGAAAAAGAGAGGCUAAAGAUCUACCUUAGAAAGGUUUGUCAUCAGAAGAUGGCAGAUUUCCGGGAUGGCGUCGACCAUAUGACUGAGAGCCUAAAAUCUCAGUUGGACACUAUGUGAUAUGGUUGAAAACAAACUUCCUGUUUUAUAUAUUGUGAUUUUAUUGCACUUACACUAACCAUAAGGGUGUAGCACCAGCCUUUACUCUUGACUCAAUAGUUUUUAAUAGCAGUUUAAAUGAUCAAUAAAGUUGUUUGUAGUAUUGUCUUUAACCACUAGAUGGUGCUUUUGCACUGAAGCUGUAGUUUUCUGCAAGACGCUCUCUGGAGUUUCACAUCUCGCACUCAAAAUCUUCACAAAGACGAUCUUAAAUAAAAGCUCACAUUGAACAGGAUUACAAUGCUGGUUAUAUUCCCUCUUUUCAAGUAAAUACGUACCAUGUUCCUGAACGUGCCACCAUCUCUACCACCCCUUUUCAAAUGUUGACCCUGGACAGAUGGCCUGAAGCCCCUCCCUUUUAAUACCAACUGUUGCCCCAGUAACAUCUGUUACAUAUAGGGGGACAGUGUGCACUGAGAUUGCUCACCAGGACUCUUGCCUUACCCUGUGGCCAGGACUAAGAUUUAGGAAACCCUUAUGGAUGCUGCUGCUGACAAUGGAGGAGGAGGAGGAGGUGCUCAUGCAGUAAACACACUAAGAAAGACCCGGCACACUGUUAUGCUUCACUGCUCUUAUUUCACCUUUCAAGAACAAAGGUUUAACUCUGAAACUAUUAUUUGCAAAAGUUGGUGUAACGUCUUGAGAAGUUUAAUCUCUUGUGUAGCAGAAGGAAGACGUUGGGCUCAGUUUGUGUGCCUUUGAUGGCUGAUGGGAGUGUUGGCUGAAUGGAGUGCAGGAUUAAAAGAGGCUAUCCCUUCUCCAACCAUCCACUGGUCUGGAUUACUGUUUAAUGUAACACUCUGGCCACUGAGCCCAGAUCAGCUGCUUAAUUCUCCUUUAUCCGCUCCCUGCAGAGCAAAUUGAAGUAACUAUUUUUACCCCAAAAAGUAACCUACCCAUACGUGAUGUAACAUUUCUAAUCAAACUGUUAUGCUUCUCUUUUUUUGGGUCUUAAAUCAAUGCAUUGUAUUCCCGCAUUAAUGUGUUUCUUUGAUCGGUGACUUUUUUUCAUUUGAGAUGCAUGUAAAUGUCUUAUGUAGAGGAAGAUCCACUAAAUGUACCAAAUACUAAUUUCAGUUACCUGAUGUUGGUUGACAUUUAGCUCUGAGUGUUGAGGUAUUUGCAUAAAUGCACAGAUUAUAAAGAGUGUGUUUACAGUAA